AUGGCCGAUGUCGCGAGCCUCGAAGAAGAUGUCAACGCAUACCGCGAGCAGCUUGAUGUCGUGAAUCUCGGUCUCAAAGAAGACCCCGGUAACGCAGAGCUGCUCGCUUUGAAAUCUGAGUUAGACGAUGCAAUCGCCCUGUUGAACGAAACAAUUGCUGAACUCAAGCCUGCGAAAGCGCCACCGAAGCCCAAGGCCCCGUCGCCGCCUCCAGUGCAGGAGAAAUGGUCGCGCGAGAACCACCCAGCCUUCAAGAAGGCCGCGGCCCCCGAGGAGAAGGACGAUAGCGCGCCAGUAAACUACAAGGUCAACGACAACGUCAUGGCGAAGUGGGUUUCCGGCGACAAGGGCUUCUAUCCCGCACGCAUCACCUCCAUCACGGGCUCGUCAACGGCACCCAUCUACAUCGUCAAGUUCAAGAGCUACGACAACACAGAGCAAUUACGAGCGAAGGACAUCCGGCCUGUAGCACAAAAGCGGAAAGCAGAUGGAACGCCGACAAACAACACCACGCCUUUGGUCCCUCCCUCGCAACCGCCUCCGCCCCCAACACAGAGCCCGGCCCCUGGGGUCAUUUCUGCAGCGGCCAGCAUCAACCCCGAGCUCGCCCAGAAGAACAGAGAGGCAGCCGAAAAGCCAGAUGCAGAUGCGAAGCCCAAAUUCAAGAAGAUCAAGGCGACCAAGGAGCUCGAGGCUGGCAAGAACAAGUGGCAGGACUUCAACACCAAGUCCAAGUUUGCCAAGGCAGCCAAGACCAAGAAGGACAGCAUGUUCCGCACCCCCGAGGGAGUACACGGUAGAGUUGGGUUCACCGGCUCUGGCCAAGCUAUGCGGAAAGAUCCGACCAGGAGUCGCCACAUCUACCAAGCCAAUGAAGAUUUGGAUUAG